AUGAACCUCGCUAUACAGAAUCUUGGUAUUAAUGACCCCUUUACAAAUGAAAAUAUUGUCGAUAAGGGGAAUGGUAAAUCUAACGCGACCAAUUUAAUACAUAUUAGAAAUCAACAAAGAAAUGGUAGAAAAAGUGUUACUACAGUACAAGGAUUAGGCAAAUCGUAUGAUUUGAAAAAAAUGGUCAGAGCCUUGAAAAAGGAAUUUAAUUGUAAUGGAACAAUUAUAGAAGAUAUUGAGCAUGGUUCAAUUAUUCAACUUCAGGGCGAUAAACGAAGUAAUGUUAAAGACUUUUUAAUACGAGAAGGAAUUUGCUCAGUGGAUCAUAUACGUAUACAUGGUGCUUGA